AUGUGCUUCCUCUCUGAAUGCAACAGGAUGGUUUUUGAUCGAAGAAUCUGCCUUAACUCAGAGAAGAAGAAGAAGAAGAAGAAGAAGAGAAGAAACAAGUUCACAUUAACACUACCGCUAACAAUAAUUUUGGAAGAUCUUCGCAGAAUCCGAACUAAAGAGAGGAAGCGAAAUCUUUGUCUGGAGAGCGUUCAUGAUAGUUUUAUCUGCGUAGGAUCCAUUGAAUACUUGAAACAAGGUACAAAGGGUUGGAGGAAUAUCAAGAUCCUUUCAAGAGUUCUGUAUGUGAAUACUCCAGAACAGGAAAAUGAAGUUCAAGUGUACAAAUCGUAA